CUUUGGAAGCAGUAAGAAGUACAGGUUGUUAUGGCGGCAAAAAGUCUAUUAGUGCUUGGUUGAUCAAGUUUAAAAGGCUUGAUGGAUACAUGUAUGCCAAAUGCUGUCAUCCGGCAACUAUGAAUGAGACCUCCUUCUACUAUUUUCCACGGGCUGAAGAGUCGUUCUUACCAGUAGCAAACUGCGCCUGUAACCUAGAAGACCUGACCACAGGUUUGUUGAUUGUGAUUCCUUCACCUCCAGCUAAAACCAACGCGAAUCUAUACGAAAAUAUCACAGAAAACCCGAAUACAACUCCGAAAGCUCCCAUUGUUCAUCUAUUCUACACUAUCCAGUCACUUCAAGAAGAAAUGCGUCCGUGUCAGCGCUCUAAUACUGCAUGCCGGGCGUGA